CCUCGGUUGCCAUUUACCUUUGUGAAAGCAGGCAGAACUUCUUCUACGAGUAUGAGCGCCCUUUGCAUGGAACCCAGAAUCCCUGAAGGGUAAUAUGAGUUCGGAUCGCUCAUGCAUCCUCCACGGACCCAUAAAGCUCUUCAUCAAUAAUUCCUCCCCAGUGCUGUGGACACGUGCGCGCAACAUGAGUCGCCGUCUCAAUUGUAUGAAGCUGCGAUUCUCAAAGCAUGAUCUGAAGGUUCCCGAGGAGAGAAUACAGCACUGGAGAAACCGUGACACCAUCGAAAGCUUGGUCCAUGCGACCGUGGUUAAGGGCCUGACCUUGGGCACAGUCUGCGGCUCAUCGCACCAGUUAUGGGAUACCUGUACUCCGUAAAUAUAUCGUCGAGGCUGGUGAUAUUCGAGGAUGCAUGAUACGUCGCGCGAACCCGCCUCAUUCGGACAAGCGCCUGCCUGGCCUUCCCCGUCUUUUCUAGACGAGUGAUAGCUCUGCUAGCGGAAGAUCUUACCAAGACUAUGGGACCGUGGAGCAGAGCAGCCUGAGGGCGGAUCUUGCCUAUCGAUCGAUCGCUCCAACUAUCGGUCCUUCCUUUGGGAAGUGGGGUUGGUUCCAUUCCUGUGAAUUCCCAUGUCGUUUGGUGACUAAAUCAUCCGUCCUGACUGUCGAUGGCAAGGCAUUUUGGCUUUCUCUUUGCGAGCUGAAUCCGGCCCCGAAGCUCAUAUGAGCCUACUUCA